AUGGCAGCUAUCGUGCGCAGCUUCAUCAAUGGCAUCAUCGAUACAGCCAUUCUCGAGGUGACGAAUCUGCAGGUCAGCCAAGUCGAAGAGGAUGGUUUCUCUGUCGUGGCAUCUGGCUCCUUGCGACGGACUGGCCCUCUGCCUGCCAUCGUCACCUUUCCAGAACGAUCCGGUGAUAAGCCGGCUCUUCGUUUGCUCUGGAAAACCAACCUUAUUGCUCAGGCAAAGGUCGUCCCCGGCAAAAUCAAAAUCAGAAAGAAGCUCGGUCGCUCGCAAUUCGAGCUCGGGCCAGUGAAGCUUGCGCUAGUACAAGACAACAAGGCUGUCGAUGCGUUCACGCGAGCAGUCAUAGACGCGAAAGAUGAUAUCAGAGUAGAUCUAGAAGGCCGCUUGCGCGUAAAGUCCUUAGGACUGUCAUUUGCGAAGAUAAAGCUGCGCAAGCCCGUCGUCUUCGCUGGCCUCGACCGGCUCUCAGCUCAGCUAUGCCGUGCCAGGGAUCUCGAGCGCUGGUCGACACAAGAUCGCAAGCGCAGAGCAAUAUCUGCCGGUCGUCUUGAUAUUCUUCAUGGUCGGCAGGACUGCCUUGUUUGUACGGCGAGCAUAGACCUUGCAGUACCGAAGACGGUUUUAGAUCUAGACCUCGGCAAUGUCAAGCUUACGGUUGCUAUCGCUCGUCCGAGCGAAGGUCUUGUGGAUAUUGGCUCGCUCACAUUCGGUUCGUCGUUUCAUUUGACUGCUGGCAGCAACACCUUCAAAGCACGGCUCGAGCUCGAACUUGGCAAAGCAGGCCAGGCAGGCAGCGACUUCGUCUCUUCUUUCCUAUCGGGUCAGGAGCCCCUGCUCUAUAUCCGAUUCGGCGGAGACUUGCACCCAGCGUGGUUGAGGCGGGCCCUUGGCGAAUUUGUCGUUCUUGCCGCUGCCCCUCAGCUCAGCGAACCCAUCGUCGCUAAAGGCGAUGUCAUACCCGGUAAAUCUGAGAUGCAAGCUCACUCUGCCUCAGAUGCGUCCAUAGAGCUUGUACUGGCGAACCCGUUCUCCACACCUAUCACGGUACGUUCACUGAAAGGCAGCGCUCUUGCAUAUGGAAUCGAGCUUGGCAAGCUCGACCUGCACUUGACGGAGGCCGACGCGAUUCGCUUGUCCGCAAACGCAACAACAGUCACUGCGCCUCAGAGCAUAGCCCUUUUGAGCAAUCCUGCUGACCUGGUUGAUCUCUUGACUGCCGCUGCCGCGGCACAGAGCGUCUCGCUAGCUCGCUUCGAGCGCCUUUUAAUGCUCGUUGACCCAUCACGGGCAUCGCCUGGGGCCAGUGAUCACGCUGAGAGCGCUCGGGAUGAAGAUGAUCUCGCAGCUGUAGCGUCCCACGUACUGGCCAAUCUGCAAGCAUCAUUCAAGGCCGAUGUCGAUCUCGCCAUUGGCGAUUAUACCCUCGCUACGCAGCUGGCGCAAGACCAAUUGCCAGUGAAAGUUAGCGAAUCGCUCAUAUCCCAGCUUCUCGCGCAGGUCGCGGAAAAAGCUGUGCAGCCAGUCAUAAGAGAUAUGGCGCUUGAAGUGACACAUCUCUCUCUCCGCGAAGAAAGCGGUAGUCUACACGCCGAGCUGGAUCUCAAGAUCUCGGGACUGCCUGACUUAAGCCCGUCCAUCACGCGCAUCACCUUUCCAAACGGCAUCGAUAUCUGCAGUCAAGACUUUCCAGCAGCCAAAUUCGAGCCAAUGGAGGGGAUAACAUUGACGGACAUAUCGUCAGACUCUUACACACUCAAAGGCAAGCUUGACAUCAGCGAUGUCGGUCGAAUGGCGGCCGUCGUAGAAUCAAUCGGUAAAGACAAGGAAGUCUCGCUCGGGCUACAUUUCGAUGUUCUACGCGUUGACGUCGCUGGCAUUACCGCUAUUGCGCAAAAGGUUGUGAAGCCUGUCUCGAUCAGAGGCCUAGACGGCUUUUCCGGCCUGGAGCUGAAAGCCUUUGACCUUCCGCAAGCGGGCACUCGCACCUCCGGUCUGACUCUCAAGGCAGACGCAGAGCUGUCGAAUCCUUCCGCGCUUUCGAUGAAUCUGGUCGACAUCGAUGCCAGCCUGUGUGCAGAGGGUGUCACAGUGGGCACCAUCAAGAUACCCUCGCUAUCGCUUGCUGCUCGCCAGACGACAUCGAUGGCAAUCCAUGGAUCUCUGUCGACAGGCCACACUAACGAAUCAAGACGCGCUUUUGAGAAUCUGUCGUCACAGGUGGUCAGCGGGCAGACGAUCAUCUGCCACGCCUACAUGCAAUCUGCACGAUUAGAGAACGGCAUGACGCUCGGCUGGCUCGUCGAGGGUUUGAAGACUGUGCCUAUACCUGUACCAGUGACUCUGCCAUCAACAGCCGCCGUAGAGCUCAUAGGUUCGGUCACGCUAUCGACUGUCUCCUUCCGCUUCGAAACCCAAGAGCGGAUGAUGACGCCAGUUGUUUCGUGUCCCAACGUCGUCUGUGCGAUCAAGUCGCCGGUUGGCUUCGAUUUCAAGGUCAAACAGCUCACCGGCGAUAUUGGUGUGACUUUCGGUGGGAAGCGGCUUGGUCAACUGCACUUGCAAUGCGCUGUCGAGCAGGCGUCCUCAUCGAUUACAUUUGACAUCAAGUCGGCACAUCUUUCUGACAGCAAUCACGAGGGGCUGCAGAGUGUCGCUGGUGCGCUGGCUCGCGAGUCGUCUGUCACGCUUCAGCUCGACAUGUCGAAUCUCUUUGCAACGGUCGACACAACAGCGGGCAGCUUCGAUCUCCGCUGUCCAUCUGUGCCAGUUGACACUAGCAUCGCCGCUCUACAGAAGCUCUCGCACAUGACCAUGCAGCUGACAGAAGUACAUAUUAUCGACGGACAGCGCAGCGGACUGGUGCUUUCAAUCCAAUGCUACCUGAAUAACCCGUCGGACCUUGACAUCUAUGUUGCGUCACACGCAGAGGCUAUGGAGCGCGCGAAGCACAGCCAGGAUACGCCCGACGAUGGUGUCUCACUCAGCGUCGCGUACGGCGACCAGAAAACUUUUAUAGGUCGCGCAUAUGUUCUCGGUGCGAUGGAGAUCAAGCCUGGCGCAACCAGAUUGUCCAUCGAAUUUCGUUACAGUCCAUCGCGCGAAGAUCAGCAACAUGCCGGACUGCUCCUCUCGGGUUAUCUGUCGGGUGUGGAAUCAAAUGUGUUGAUCACUGGUGACGAGCGAUCAAGCACGAACGAGAUUCUUCGAGCUGCACUUACGGAGCUUGAUAUGCGCGCUAGGCUCAAGCCGAUUGCUCAUAAGACGCUCAUCACCUCGAUCGAGAUCAGACUGGGUGUUCAGGCCGCAAUGUCUAAAGUUCGGGCGCGAUUCCAACUGGAGAAUCCUUUCGAUCUCGCGAUCAAGAUUGAUCACAUUCGAUGUCAGGCAACAUACAAGGGCAAAGCGUUCGGAGUAUUCUCGCAAGACUUUGAGGAUUUCGAAGUGCCGCCUGUCUCUUACAGCAAUCACAAGUACCCGAACAAGACGGCAGGACAUCAGAAUAGCCCUCUGGUGACAGUCAAGCUCGAGAUGCCGCUCGAUGAUGUCGUGAAAGCCUAUCUGGCCAGUCGAGGUACGCUACGCGUCGAUGUCGCCAUCAAAGCACGGAUAAGGCUAGGCGAUUAUGAGAUCGAAGACUUUGCAUACGAUCAGCCCCGAUUGGCGGUAUCUAUCGUCGGUCUCGAGGCAGUCUCGUCAGUACUUUCAUGGAUACCCUAG